AUGCCUGAGAGCCUUACCGUCGAGGAAGGUUAUCUAGGACCUAGCUUGCAGGAUCCGAUUGCUGCUGAGAUUGCUGCUAAGAUUGCUACUAAGAUUGCUGCUGAGAUUGCUGCUGAGAUUGCUGCUAAGAUUGCUGCUGAGAUUGCUGCUAAGAUUGCUGCUGAGAUUGCUGCUAAGAUUGCUGCUGAGAUUGCUACUAAGACUGCUAAGACUGAGACGACUGGAACGACUACUGCGACCGCUACGACCGCUACUGUUACGACUACCGCUAUGAUUAAGAAAUUCUGUUUUUUUCUGCAGAAAAACUAA